UUAGGGUUCCUUUCACGUUGUGAAUGUUACACAUUCGAAAUUCUCCUUUACAUCUUGUUUCGAUUCCCAGGUGUUAAAUUACACCAUGAGAGAAGGAGAAACAGCUAGCACCAGUGUUCCAAGUUUGUGCUUAGAUAAUUGUCCAAGCUCUGAGGAUGAACCAUUGUAUACUGUUGCCAAAGGAGGGGAAUAUUCCGCCCGCUCAGAUUCAACAAUCAGCUGGGGAACAGAAUCGUCGGAAAACUCAAGUCGUAAUUUGUCUAUACGUCCAGCUGUAUAUCCACCUUGGGCAACACAUCUGCCAUUAACGUCUUUCAACAACACGGAAAGCAGAGAAGUAGUACGCACUUCUGAGGAUAACGAUGAAGAUUUAUCUUCGUCAUGUGGCGAUAUUACUCAGCGCAUGUGUUCCGAUCUCGAAAAACUGUGGCGAAAAGAAUCAGCUUGUAAAGCCCCUGAAUGCGAGAAUACCACUCCAAGAAAUCAAACAUCACGUAGUUUCAGUAGUAUGGUUACACCUAAGCAGUUGAUUGACUACUCAAUCCGUCAGGCACCAGGUCUUUCAAGACCAAGCAAUCAGUAUUUAGAUCAUUUAAAAAUUAUUAAUGAUGUUCAAACUAAUUUCAAAAAUAGAAUUUGGUUUACUGCACGUCUCCUUGUGUUCAAUAUGGAUGAUAUAUCAAAUGAAAAACAAUUUAGACAGACAAGCGAUAUGGAUUGGACUAAUUCAUUAUCUUCAUUUGCUUUACGUAAAUUCAUUGGAAUAGCCUUUCCAAAUGAUUCUACAUGGGCCUUAUAUGAAGAUCAUAAGAUAGGAGUUAGUUCUAAACCAUUACCAUUUCUACGUCGAUCAUUGUAUCACUGUGUAUGGGGAGCAAGGAAUGGUCAGGUGUAUUUACCAGAAAUUGAUUUUUUCCCUGGAGCAAUAUUAUUUAUUCGUUAUUCAGAUAACCAUAAUCCACCUAAUCCAUUAAAACAGUUUUUGCAUCACACUGGAAAUAUUCUUCGCAUUCUUAUCACUGGAGUAGAUCGACUAAGUAAACUUAAUGCAAUUGAAUCAGAAUUAUCAAGACAGAAGGUACCCAAAGAACAGUGGUUUUCUGUAAUGGCAAAACUUCAUGUCGCACGUUUAUUAAUCAGGCCGAGAUAUAUGAUGGAGUUGUUUAAAUUACAAUGUUUAUGGCGUCAAGAGUUACGAAAACGUAAUAGUCCCAUUGAAGCCUACUUAAAUUUACAUUUAUACUACCGAAACUAUAUAAAAAGUAACAAACAGCUGAUGGGUGAUACUACUACUAAAAAUAACAAUAACCUUUCAAAAGAAGACGAAUUAAAUAUAAAGAAACAGUUAAUUCGUAAAAUAUUCGAGGAUGGCUUAAUAUGGUUUAGACUUUCAGGACUAGACAAAACAGAGAACUUAGAUUUAUUAUGGAACGCGUUAGAGGCUCAUUCAGGUUUCAAUGGAAUUAUGCAUUUCGCAGAUUACAUUUCACUUGUUUUUGGAGAAUUACCUGAAUUUCAUCGUACACUAGUUAAGAAAGUAAGCAGUUUCCGACACAUUUUUUAGUAAAGAAUGAGUAAACUAUCAAAGUAUCCAGUUUGGGGUUUUAAUUCGCAUUUAUUGAUAUAUCACUGAAUAGUGAUCUCUGUUUAAAGAGGACAUUCGGUUAUUGUCAAGAUAGCUCCCACCUGCAGAAAACCCAAGCCUGCAAAAGCUUGUUGAACUUGUUUAUGGUUUAACUGUUACCUGAGUAAUAAUCGUGUUUCUGUUAAUCUUACUAUCGAUUUUGUACUUACUUUCGUCGGCGUAGUCAUUCAUUCACAUAAAUAUACAUUUCUUUAUAACUGGUGUCUGUGUGCACGUCUACUGUUCACUUAUUUCAUCAAUUGUUUCUGACAUAUAUAAAUCAAGUAUGAAGUUGAUCACUUCAUCCGAUCACAUGCUGCAUGUUCACAUUUUCGUACACGUUCGAUAUCUUCAUUUUUUGUUUGUCUAACGAUGGAGAUGCAUGAAAUAAACCAUUCCUAACAUAUUCCUUACUAGAGUUUUUAAAAUCACUUCCAACGCUAUUGGUAUGAAAAGAUAUUCAAAUUUAAACUGAGAUAUAUUAAUAUUGGAUAAGUAAAACGUGGGAAUAUAAACGAGUCAGUUGCGCUUGUACAACACAAAAUCAUGUCAACAAUAGAACCUUUGAAAUCCAGGAAAUCCUGGGCAUUUAAUUUCCAACUGCUUUUGGGAUUCUCAGGAUUGGAUAUACAAGACAUUCAGUUUUCGUUCACAUGGAUAUAAAUCAUGUUACUUUUGUAAGAACGGUGAAAGAAUAAUGUUGAAUCACCAUAUGCAAAACCAGUCUACUCAAAUUCUGGACUACUGUAAUCACUCAAUACUAAUGUUUGAAAACCAGAUUAUUUUAUCUUACAAUUAACUCUUCACAGAUAGGUAUUUUUAAAAAUGGAUCCAAAUCGACUUGGUCAUAUCCAAUUACUGGAUAUUAAACGAUUUUUCAAUACUCCUAAAUGGGCUGUGAAUCAACUGGGUACUAAUAUAGCUCAUUCACUACCGGAUGUUUUGAAAAUUUUCGAAAAAUUCGUUCAUGUUCAAAAACGCCUAGAGUAUACAGAAUUCGAAGUAUAUUAUCAAGCUGUUUCGAUUACUUUAGGAGAAUGUCCUGUUGAUCAGUUAAGAUCAGAUGCAGCUUAUAUGGAUUUAUGUUCAUUGCUUCCAUCAAGUGAGUGCGCUCAAAACUAUUUUCUAGGUGAAAACAUAAAUGAUUCCUGUGAUACAUUUAUAAAAUUAAUACAAGAUACAUGGUGCAUUUGAUUGUCUAUGCUGUGAUAAUGAUGAUCAUGAUAAACGCAUAGAAUAAUUCAGACAAACUUGCUUCCACAUAUUUAUAUUUAAACAUGCAGCUGUCACUAAUUGUUCUAUAUAACGUUGUGUUUUCAUCUACCUAAUUUGUUUUUUAAUCUUUUUUAUGAAGUUAUGAUUUUGAUAUGUUCGUAAUAAAUUUGGGAUUUUUGUUC